AUGGAGGACGACGAGCGCCUUUACCUGAUCUUCCUCUUCCUCCUCCUCUUCCUCCGCGUGGUAAAAUCGGUCUACGACUGCCUGAAGUUUCUUCCCCCGACCGGGAACGCGCUCAAAGCUUUGAAAAUGGAAGACGAAGACAAAGACGCGUUCGUCGCACGCGCGCGUUCGAUUUUGAACGACGUAACGACGAAGGAGAGCACGGGGGCAUCAGUAACGAUAAAAAGUGCAUCGCUAGACGCGCUCGCGUUGGCCAACUUUGCGUUGCACUCGAAGUCGUCGUCGGAGAAAGUUCCGAAGAAAAAACGGUUGCUCGUGUCGUUGGUUUUCCUCGCAUUCGGAUUGGUUUUAGUCGCGAGUUGGUGGUUUUGGGCGUCGCCGGAAAGAGAUCGACAGUUUGCGGCUUCGAAGGUGAUGAUGAUGACGGAGACAAAGAAGCUGGACGCGCUGGCGAAGAGAGUCUUGAACGACGAAGAGAGAGAAGGCGAGAUGGAAGUGGUCGUUCGCGCGCACUUCGUGCGAAAGCGAGGCCCGAUGGAAACGAAGAUGGCGAGAGAUAUUCGAGAGAAGUUCAAGGAGUGGGUUUUGGGGAGUUUUGAUGGUGAUGCUUUGGAGAGAGGUAGAAAGACCGAAGAGGUUGCGAGAGUGACGUUUCGCGGGUGCGCGGACGUUCUCGACGGCGAGGCGUUUGAGGCGUCGACAAGUAACGAGAAAUCGGCAGAGGAAGAGGCGCGAAAGUCUUUCGUAGCGUGUGACAAAGGUAGGAGCGAAUUAGCGAGACGCGCGAGGUUUUACGCGAGGUCCACGAGAGCGAGCGGAGAUGAGCGCGACGAGAACGAGAAUGGCGACGGCGAGAGCGCGAAGAGUGGAAUGUACGCGCACCUGGAGAACGAGAUGAGAAUGAACUACGCGACGUAUCCGAAUGAAAUUUACGCGUACUUUUUCGACGACGAAAACGAAGUAGAAGACGACAGCAUAAAAGCGAACUUUCACCUACACUUUGGCACCGACCGAAACGCGUUCGUCGACGCGAAGUGGACCUCUUCUGAGUGGGGGUCUCGAGGCGGCUUUGACGCGAUGACAAAAAUUCGAGAAUCGGUUCAGAAACUCUAUUCGUCCGCGUGGAAAGUCGCGAGAGAGGACGCUAAGUUUGAUGGCCAUUUUGGCGCGUCGGCGGCGUCACUCUCGUUCGUUCUGGUGCUUCCCGAUGACGAUGAAGAAAACGAAACACUUUCGUGGAAUUAUAGGAAAGACGUGCGCGAACCGUUUGUGAGCAAUCUCUCGAAACGUCUCGAACAUUUUUUAAACAUCGAAGCCGAGUCUCGCGUCGUGUACCACAGCCGCGCUGAAGAGGACAAAGUGGGCGACUCUCAUGCUUCGACGACGAAUCAGGAAGCCGCGGAAAGGUUCACGCGGGCGUUACCUCUCAGAAAAAUGGACGUGGACUUGAUACCGUCCAUGCCGAGCGGGAAAUUCGUAGUGUUCAGAAAAAACGACAACAACGACGACGCUUUUCUUCCAAAGAACUGGUUUGUCAAGCGCGAUAACGUUGGGAUAACGAUUUUGGAGCGUCGUGAAAGUGUUACUGAUAUCCUUCCGUUCCUUUUUGCAAACGUUCGCGCGAGACUGCUCGGCGUGGAUAUAACUUCAGACGAAACCUACGCGAAGUACGCUUUGCCGGAUGCGGCGAACAUCUUAUCGAUGAUAGAAAUGGACGCUUUAAGUUCAACUCGAGUCCGCGCGGAUAUGUUAGAAAUCAUAGAAAUUCUCCGUGGUGCCACGAACCUUGGUGAUAUCGACGCAAAAGACGCUUCCUAUCUCGCCUCGCGUUCGAAAGAGUCCUUAGCGAUGCUCCGAGACGCCGUCGCGAUGAUGGACGAGAACCGACGACAAGAAGCAUUCAAACUCGUCGCCAAAGCCAGAAAACUCGCGUUUCAAACCAGUCGCGAAUCCAUAAACGUCCGCGAAGACGUCACGUUCCCUUUCGAACACGAACUCGCGCUCGCUAUGCCGCUCGUGCUUCCUUUACUCGUCGCUUUUACCGUGCGGUUCGCACGAGAGUUCGCUCGGUACCUCGCUCGAAGAAGGUGUUUCGAGGAGCUCGCGUCUAGCUUUCAUCGCGGGAAGGUAGAUUAG